AUGUUACUUGGACAAUCUACGAGGAAAAGUUUGCACAAGGCCAUACAUUGUGCUCGACAUCUGGCAACGGCCGCUAAACCAAAUCCAUCGCCGGCAUCUAAUCCAUCACCAACAGACUUCACGGCCAGGCUGAAGAAUGGACCUGGACUUGGAGACUUUAUUGCUGUUUCUUCGCAGAUGACCAUGGCUGAAUCGCUCGAGCUGCAACAGCCUAUAGUAGACUCUACAGGUUCUACUAAAAGACAUGUGCGAUUACCGCCAUGGCUCAAAACUGAGAUACCGGUUGGAAGGAACUUUUCCAAAAUCAAGAAGGAUUUACGAGGACUCAAUCUUCAUACUGUCUGUGAAGAAGCACGAUGUCCGAAUAUUGGUGAAUGUUGGGGUGGUGGAGAGCACAAGACUGCUACUGCUACCAUCAUGCUGAUGGGAGACGAGUGUACGAGAGGUUGCCGAUUCUGUUCUGUAAAGACAAAUCGAGCACCCAAACCUCUGGAUGCCAAUGAGCCAGAAAAUACGGCUGAAGCAAUAUCGAGAUGGGGUCUAGACUACGUCGUCUUGACCUCUGUGGAUCGUGAUGACCUACCUGAUGGUGGUGCAAAUCACUUUGCUACCACUGUCGAGCUCAUCAAGCAAAAAGCUCCUCAAAUCCUGGUUGAAUGCCUUACAGGAGACUUUUACGGAAAUUUGUCGGCUGCGUCUCGAGUCGCUACAUCUGGAUUGGAUGUAUAUGCUCAUAAUCUCGAGACAGUCGAAUCACUGCAACCAUACGUUCGAGAUCGACGAGCAAAUUAUAAGCAGAGCAUGAGUGUGCUCGAAACAGCCAAGAAGGCUGUACCUGGUCUAGUAACAAAGACAUCUAUGAUGCUGGGUUUGGGUGAGACGGAUCAGGAGGUCGUUCAGACGAUGAAAGAUUUACGAUCUAUUGAUGUGGACGUGAUAACGUUCGGUCAGUACAUGAGACCAACCAAGAAGCAUAUGAAGGUCUCUGAAUACGUCCACCCUUCCAAAUUCGACCACUUCGCCGAUGUAGCGAGAGAUCUUGGAUUCAAAUAUGUCGCAGCCGGACCUCUAGUAAGGUCUUCAUACAAAGCUGGGGAGUUUUAUAUCAAAAACAUCCUCAAAAACGAGAGGAUGCAACAGCAUUCAAAAGCACCUUCAGAGCAGUCUGAACAAGGACUGUCGUCAGCUACACUCCCAAUAUAG